AUGGCUUCUCCCGAGCCCACGCCCGCGAGUCCUCUGUUUGACGAGGUCCGAAUCGACAUCGACGAUACCAUCUCUGGUGAUCAUACCUCAUCAGCUACCAUCAACCCCAUCUGGGGAGAUCCUGGCCUCUUGUUGAUGCACGCUAGGAUCAUCCUCACUUCGCUCGCCAUCAUCUACACCGGUGCACACGCUUCGCUUAAGCGCCCGGCUUCUGCUGCACCUGCUCGCGGGGGAAAGUCCGGCUCCGGGAAACAUAAGAAGAAAGAGGAGGAGGAACAGCAGAUGCACGGAUUGGUGCUCUCGGACGCGAUCCUCCUCCCCGUUUUCGCCGGGGCCACUCUCGUGGGCCUGUACUAUCUUAUCCAGUGGCUCAACGAUCCCGAACUCCUUAACAAGAUCCUUCGGGUCUACUUAUCCUUCAUGGGGGUCGCCAGCAUGACGACUCUCGUUGCCGAUGGCAUUCAGUUGGCCACCAGUUUUGUGUUCCCCAACUAUUUUCGGGUCAGGGGUGCCCUAUAUCACGUCGACGGCGUGGAGAACCGCGUUGUUGUUCUUCGCCCUGGCGGUCCGACCCGGCAAGUCUCGGCCCGGGCCGGAGGGGAUCGGGAGGGGUCCUUCCAUUCUCCGGUCCCUUGGCGGUUUGGAUGGCUGCAGGGCCGCAAGACGGCAGGGUUCCUUUGGCAGUUGCGUCAUCUCCUUACGGAACAGUGGACGGUGAAGCUCCGACUUCAUGGUGUUAUCGAUGAGAAGCUCAAGGUCCGGUUCAGCCACAUCGUGGGCUUCGUCGCCGCUGUGGUUAUGGUGGCUACUUACAACGUCACUACUUCGAAGAUGCUCGGCAACAUCAUGGGCUAUGCGUUUUGUUACGGCACGCUUCUCCUCCUUUCUCCCACGAGUUUCUGCAUCGGCAGUCUUGUCCUGGCUGGUCUCUUCGUCUACGAUAUCGUCAUGGUCUUUUAUACCCCGUUCAUGAUCACUGUGGCCACCAAAUUAGACGCUCCUAUUAAACUCACCUUCGACUCUGGCAGGAGGUCUAGUAUCCUGGGUCUUGGGGACAUUAUUCUCCCAGGGCUCGUCAUGGGCCUAGCCCUCCGCUUCGACCUUUGGCGCUACUAUCAAACAAGAAUUACGUACGUAGAGACCGAACUGGUGACAGAGUCUAGAGACGCCUCUUCUGGCGACGUCAUGGUCACGAAGGACCGCGGACAUGUCGCGAAGAAAGCGCCCUACAUUAACGCCACGGGGAACUGGGCCGACCGCUUUUGGGUCUCCUCGUGGCCCGGCAUGGGCUCGAGCCCAGGUGACGAUGCGCCCGAAGCCGUGCAGGUGGCGUCAUUUCCCAAGACAUACUUUUACGCUUCUGUCUUCGGCUACACUGUGGGCCUCCUCGUCACCCUGGCCAUGGUCGUCAUGUUUCAGCACGGUCAACCCGCACUGUUCUACCUCGUCCCGGGAGUCGUCGGCUCGCUGUGGCUGACGGCCUGGGCCAGGGGCGAAGUAGACGACAUGUGGAAGUACACGGAAGAUGGCAGCCAGGACACGGAGGAUGUAGUCGUGGAGCUGGAUGGUCGGGGGAAUGUGGUCAAGGAGCUUCAGAGGGCCAACGAUGCGGAGGGAAAAGUAAAGUCAAACGAGGAAGAGGAAGAGGAAGGGGAGGGGGGACAAAAGGGUGCCAGGGGGGUCGAAAAGACACUGACCGAGCGUGGGACCAAUGGUUUCCUCUUUUCGAUUCGAGCACCGUCUCCGCGGGGGACUGGACGGACCAAGAGGGAGGCUUGA